AUGCAACAGAAUGCGAACACGGACUUAGACACACCCUCAAAUUUCAAGACCACGCUCGCUCCUCAAGUCAGAGUGGAGGCGAAUAGAGUUCGCGACUCUGCGCCCAGGGCCGCCGACCAGAAUUAUUCCGAGAAAGUGUCUAUAUCAACCAAGAGCGCCCAGGUUGACGCCAAUAUUCCUGACGCGGCAGAUCAAGCCAGCUUAGACGUACAAGCGAUGCAGGAAACAGCGCCAACGACAUCUAAGGUGCCACAUAUCGCAGAGCCAACUGCGCCGCCAUCGAAAACACCCACCGGGCCCUCAAGCCCCCCUCGCUUGAAGCCUGCGAGGUUUGCAGCUCCACCUCGGCCUGGGAAUGGAUUGAUGCGCCCACCGCCAUCCGCAGCAGCGUCUCUACGCAUGCCUCCUACGAAAGCCCUUCCCAACGCAUCUCUGGCGCCCACCUCUUCGAUUAUGCCUCCGGGCAAACAAGUUUCACGAAAGGUGAUCCUCGAACCAGGCCAUUCGCCGCUCGACUGGGCCGCACUUACCUCCAACCCUGACAGCCGACUCAGAGGCAAAGACGCACCGGAGAACCUGAUCCGAGUGACGCCUACGCGGUUGAAACAGCAGAAUGGGAGAAAAGGAAAAGAUGCAUGGACGGUCUACAAUGGAAAAGUGUAUAAUAUCACACCCUAUGUACCAUUCCAUCCGGGUGGAAAGGGCGAGAUCAUGAGAGGUGCAGGCAAAGAUUCAGUCAAGUUGUUCAUGGAAGUGCAUCCAUGGGUCAACUGGGAUGCCAUGCUCAGCGAAUGUCUUGUCGGGAUUCUGGUGGGUGAUGAUGAAGAAACGGACAACAGAAGUGGCGGCCUAGACGAUAUGGACUGA